UUAUUAUUUAAUAUUCUCUAUGUUACUCGUUUGGAAAAAAAAAUAAAAUACUUAAAAUUGUCCUCGUCGAAACGAUUUUUGCAUGCGUUCGUUGACCGAUAUAUCGUCGUCCGUCGUGGUGGCUACACUGUGUGUGUCAAUGACAUCACCGGGAAACGUUUCCGAACAUUGUGUAUUGUGUAAAAUAGGUAUCUAUUAUCUCCCGGGGGAAAACGGUCUACUGUAGUACGAACGUCGAACAGUACGAACUAUUGAAAGGAAACGUCGGACACGGGACAGGCGACAAGUCGGUGCCGCUGCUGACCUUCCGUCGGUCGUCCUCACUCGCAUUCUGCAGACCGCAGUUCGGCAGUUCUCAACACUGCGCCAGUCGGCACUCGGCAGUCACCGUUGUGACUCGGUGGUGGCGGUCGUUGGUGUAGUUUUCCGCGUAGUGUUCUUAUACCUAUCCGCAAUGAUUAUUUAGAAUUUUAAAUUUUCUACACACCGCUUAUAGUUUUUGGCAAAUGAACACAGAUCCCAAGUCCUAACCAUGUUCAUUACAAUGUGGGUUAUGUACGGUGCUAUCGUUCUCAAUAGUUGUAAUAAGGUGCAUUUUCUCACCGAAAUUGCCAUUCUUUGAAUCUAUAAUAUAUCUAAUUAAAAUUAGGUAGUUACCAGUAGAUACCUAUAAGCUAUAACUAAUAACCAUUUAAAUAUACUAUAUACCAAUGGAUUUCCAAGAAUUCAAUAACACAGGCUAUUGGGGUAAACCUACAGCUACCAUUGAUUGGUGUGAAAAAAACUAUGAAGUAAAUUACUAUGUUGCUGAAAUGUGGAAUACUAUCAGUAAUUUAAUGAUGAUAAUACCUCCAUUAUGGGGUAUUUGGGAUAUGAAAAAACAAAAAUUUGCUCGAAGAUUUUUUCUUUGUUAUGCAUUUAUUUUGGUGGUUGGUUUUGGCAGUUUGGCAUUUCACAUGACACUUUUGUAUGAAAUGCAGUUAUUUGAUGAAUUACCAAUGGUUUGGGGAACAUGUUAUUGUGUUUAUUGUUUAUCAAUAGUAAAACAUGAUAUGAAAUCUAAGAUUAUUCCAAAUAAACUAUUAUUAUUAAUAUUAAUAGUUAUAAGUAUUGGAUUUGCAAUAAUUUAUCUUGCUUGGCCACAACCAUUACUGCAACAUGUUUGUUAUGGUAUACUAGUUGCUAUAUCUUUAGUACAGGAGAUCAAAUUAAUAUUAGAAUUUAAAUGCGCUGUUUGUAAACGUGUGUUUAUUGUUGCAAUAGCAUUAUACCUAUUUGGGUUUUUUUUGUGGAAUAUUGAUAAUAUAUUCUGCAAAAAUAUUACGAUCUUAAGAGAACAGAUUCCAAUGUUCUUUCAACCAUUCACUCAAAUGCAUGCCUGGUGGCAUAUAUUCGCAGGGUAUGGAGUUUAUAUUCAAGUUCUAUUUUGUAUUCACAGCACAUAUGAUUACCAUAAGAAAUAUAAACUGUCAAGUGUACUUUUACCAGAGAAUAUGUAUUUUAGUAUACGUUGGCAAAAAACUACAAAAAGUUAUUAAGUUUUCAAUAUAAGUCCAUAGUAA